AUGGCCACACAAUAUGAUGUUAUUGUUAUCGGAGGAGGUUUAUCAGGAGCUCAAUGUGCUGCUGAUUUGAAAUCAAAGGGUGUUAAUGUAUUAUUGAUUGAAGCUAGAGAUAGAUUUGGUGGACGUACAGAAUCGAUAAAGGUAGAAGAUUAUUGGUUUGAUUUGGGUGGACAAUGGAUGGGAGGUACUCAUAACAUUCUCAAAAAGGUGUGUAAUGAAUUACGUAUCGAAUCAUUCCCUCAAUACGACGAAGGAAACCAUAUACUCGAAUUAAACAACAAGCAUACCCUCUACAAGGGAAACAUCUCCACCUUGAACACUGACUAUAACUUGGAAGGUCUCGAAUCCACCAUUGCAAUCAUUGACAAGAUGGCCGAAGAAUUGGAUGCUUCCAAACCAUAUGAUCAUCCAAGAGCUAAAGAAUGGGAUAAUAUUACAUUGGCAAAUUGGAUCAGAGAUAAUGUAAAGGGAUCGGAUGCAGUUAAGAUUUUGAAUUGGUUCUGUAAGGUAUGUUUGGCAGGUGAGCCAACAGAGAUUAGUUUCUUGUGGUACUUGCUUUUCAUCAAGGCUGCCGGUGGGUAUGGCGUGUUGGCCGAUAUCCGUGGUGGCGCCCAACAAGAUCGUUUGAUUGGUGGUUCGCAACAGAUUUCAGAGCGAUUGGUGAGAGAGCGUGUCGGCAACUUUUUGCUCAACUGCAAGGUCGUCGGCAUCCACCAAGACAAUGCCGGUGUGACCGUGUUGAUCGAGGGUGGCCAACGUUUCCGCGCCAAGUUUGUUGCCAACACGAUCCCACCUGCUUUGGCCGGUCGUAUCGACUACAAACCCGCUCUCCCAGCUUCGCGUGAUUCUCUCACCCAACGUAUGCCAAUGGGAUCGGUUAUCAAGACCAUUGUCAUCUACGACGAACCUUUCUGGCGUAGAGACGGGUUCUCGGCCGAAGCAUUGUCCGAGCACGGUCCCAUCUUUAUCUGCUACGACGACUCGUCGCACGACGACAAGGCAAAUGCCAUCGUCGGCUUUAUCGCCGGUCAAGACGCACGCGAGUGGAGUGAAAAGACACCAGAGGUCCGUAAACAAGCUGUCCUCGAAUGCUAUGCCCGUUGGUUUGGUCCACGUGCCCUCAAACCAAAGUACUACCUCGAAAAGGACUGGAAGACCGACGAGUUUGCCAGAGGUGCCUAUCUUGCCUUUGCCCAACCCGGCACCCUCACCGCCUGCGGCAAGUCACUCCGCGAACCAGUCGGUAGAAUGCAUUUUGCCGGUACUGAAACAGCUACCCAAUGGAUCGGAUACAUGGAAGGUGCUUUGGAAAGUGGUCUCCGUUGUUCCAAAGAAUUACAAUCAAGAUUACAACAAGAUCAACAAUCUUAUAAUUCAAAACUUUAA